GACAAAUUCCCCCAUUGGGUCGUUUUAGAUGCUUCUUUUAACAAUACCCACUCGCUGGUUUUGACGGAUUUUGCAGAAUUCUUCUUCUCCUCUCUCCAUUUUUCCUUCAAUGGCGUUUUCCGAUGAGAACAAUCCGAACUUGAUCAAACCCACCUCUGGGUUUCUUCCAGGAGGAGGGCUGGAGAAGAAGAGUAGUGGGAGGGCGUUUGGGCAAGAGAUUCGUGGAAUUAAUAACAAUCGGAGGGCUCUUAAUGACAUUAAUCACAAUUCUAUGGUGAAUCAAGCUUACCCUGUUGUUAACAAGAGAGUCCUCGCCGGAAAGCAAGAGAUCUGUGAGAAGAAGCAGGUUGAUCCAUUUCACAGACCAAUUACAAGGAAGUUUGCUGCUCAAAUUGCGAGUAGCCAACAGCUUCAUCAUCCCCAGGAAAAUAGUAAGGGUAACUCAUUGCUCACAAACUCAAAUGCGUUUGGACAAUCCAUAUUUGUAGACGAGGAAUGCAAGACAGCAGAAAACGACAGCCCAGUUCCCAUGUUCUUGGAGAAAACAGAAUCACCAUUGCCUCAGGAACCAAGCCAGAUGGAGGAAGUCGAAAUGGAAGAUAUUGCAGAAGACGACUGCGACAACCCGGUAAUUGACAUCGAUGGUGUCGAUUCCAAGAACCCGCUUGCGGUUGUCGACUAUGUGGACGAUCUCUACGCACACUACAGAAAAAUAGAGAAUUCGAGCUGUGUUUCCCCAAAUUAUAUGGCGCAGCAAUUUGACAUUAACGAGAGGAUGAGGGCUAUACUUAUUGACUGGCUUAUAGAGGUGCACGACAAGUUUGAUCUCAUGGGAGAGACAUUGUUUCUCACCGUGAAUCUCAUAGACAGAUUUUUGUCUCGAAAAACAGUUGUGAGAAAGAAGCUUCAGCUGGUUGGUUUGGUUUCUAUGCUCUUGGCUUGCAAAUAUGAGGAGGUUUCUGUUCCAAUUGUGGGGGAUUUGAUUCUUAUUUCUGAUAAAGCCUACUCUAGAAAAGAAGUUCUUGAAAUGGAGACAGUGAUGCUCAACUGUCUGCAGUUUAACAUGUCGGUCCCGACGCCGUUCGUUUUCCUCCAAAGGUUCCUAAAGGCUGCUCAGUCAGACAAAAAGCAGCUCGAGCUUAUGGCAUUCUUCUUGAUCGAGCUCUCGCUCGUGGAGUAUGAAAUGCUGAGAUUUCCACCCUCUCUACUAGCGGCAGCGGCGACUUACACAGCUCAAUGUACUCUCACCGGAGUCGAGGGGUGGAGCGUGACUUGCGAGUGGCAUUCCAGCUACUCAGAAGAUCAGCUCCUAGAAUGCUCGAGGCUGAUGGUGGGGCUCCAUCAGAAGGCGGCGACGGGGAAGCUCACCGGGGUUCAUAGGAAGUACUGUACAUCAAAAUUUAACUACACGGCGAAAUGUGAACCUGCACAUUUUCUUUUGCAGACUCAGCAAUAGCAACAGAACAGAACAUGUAUAGUUCUUACUAACAGCAUUACAUGAAUGUUCAAAAUUGGGCGGGCGGCGGGCAGGGCGGGGAUGGAUCGGUCGGCCGGGCGGCAGGACAGGACAACAACAAUAAUGGAGAGGAGCAACCAGAUGGUUGCGUUCUCCAAUGUUGGCCAUUAGUUUGUUCUUUUUUUGUCUGUUCUUUUUAAAGUUUCAUUCAACAACAGCAUUCAGAUGACAAACAUAUAUAAUUCAGUGGCAAAGAAUAAUAUUGGCCUCUGGCCUAUAUUUCCAACUUCAA